UCCGUUGCUCACUUUCACUUGCAAGUAUCCCUCAAAUCUCUCUCUCCCGAGCUCUUCCGUUCCCUCUCGAUUUCUCUGUUUCUUCUCCAUUUUCUCGAGCUCGUUCGAGAAGGGGCUUUUUCUGCAGAGAGCGAAUCCGCUCCUCCUUCACUUCGGUAAAGAGAGAGCUAGCGGAAGAGAGAGAAAGGAACAGGAAAAAUGCCGGACGAGAGCACAAUGACCUUCAUCGACAUCAUCCUCGCCAUCAUCUUGCCUCCUCUCGGGGUCUUCCUCAAGUUUGGUUGCCAGGUGGAGUUCUGGAUCUGUUUGGUGCUCACGCUCUUUGGUUGGCUUCCUGGUAUCAUUUAUGCCGUCUAUGCCAUUACCAAGAACUGAACUUGAUUGAGUGGCAACACGUGAUGGGCCGAUGCGUCUCCAUCCAACGGUUGCAGAUUUCGUGGGAUAUCAUCUUCUUCUUCUUCGAACGUGUCUUUUCUCUUCGUUUUUUUUUUUUUUUUUUUUCAUGUAAUCAUCGUUAGUUGUCCGUAGCGUUGUGAUGAUAUGUUGUAUUGUUGGAUUUAUUUCCCAUGUAUGAAAUGGCGCCCUCGAUGUGUCGGCAGAUUUUCAGAUAUUGCCUUUAAUCUCGUUUCUUUAA